AUGCAGAAGGUCUUCUCAUCUCACCCCCUCCCUGCCUCCUGCAGUGGCCAGUUUGCCAUCGUGCGGAAGUGCCGGGAGAGGAAGACGGGCCUGGAAUACGCGGCCAAAUUCAUCAAGAAGCGCCGGCUGUCGUCGAGCCGGCGGGGCGUGAGCCGCGAGGAGAUCGAGAGGGAGGUGGACAUCCUGCGGGAGAUCCAGCACCCCAACAUCAUCACGCUGCACGACAUCUUCGAGAACAAAACGGAUGUGGUGCUGAUCCUGGAGCUGGUCUCAGGCGGUGAGCUCUUCGACUUCCUGGCCGAGAAGGAGUCCCUGACAGAGGAGGAGGCCACCCAGUUCCUCAAGCAGAUCCUGGACGGCGUGCACUAUCUGCACUCCAAGCGCAUUGCUCACUUUGACUUGAAGCCAGAGAACAUCAUGCUGCUGGACAAGAACGUGCCAAACCCUCGCAUCAAACUCAUCGACUUCGGCAUCGCCCACAAGAUUGAAGCUGGGAACGAGUUCAAAAACAUAUUUGGGACCCCGGAGUUUGUAGCCCCGGAAAUAGUGAACUACGAACCGCUGGGGCUGGAGGCCGACAUGUGGAGCAUUGGGGUCAUCACGUACAUCCUGCUGAGCGGAGCCUCCCCCUUCCUGGGGGAAACGAAGCAAGAGACCCUGACCAACAUAUCCGCCGUGAACUACGACUUCGACGAGGAGUAUUUCAGCAACACCAGCGAGCUGGCCAAGGACUUCAUCCGGCGCCUGCUUGUCAAGGAUCCCAAGAAGCGGAUGACUAUAGCUCAAAGCCUGGAGCAUCCUUGGAUUAAGGUGAUCAAGAGGAGGAACGUCCGCAACGAAGACAACGGCAAGAAGCCCGAGCGCCGCCGGCUGAAGACCACGCGCCUGAAGGAGUACACCAUCAAAUCUCACUCCAGCAUGCCGCCGAACAACACCUACAUCAACUUUGAGCGCUUCUCCAAGGUCAUGGAAGAGGUGGCCACGGCUGAGGAGAGCCUCCGGGAGCUGGAGAGGAACAAGAAGUCCUUCCGGGAGGACAUCGAGGCCCUGCUGUCCAUCUACGAGGAGAAGGAGUCGUGGUACAAGGAGGAGAAUGAAAGCAUCAGCCAGGACCUCCGCCAGAUCCGGCAGGAGCUGCAGAAGACGGAGGCCUUGAAGAAGCAAGCCCAGGAGGAGACCAAGAGCGUGCUGCAGGUGGCCAACGGCCUCAAGAGGCGCUACCGGAAGCUGGAGAACCACUACGAGGCGCUGGCCAAGCAGGUGGCCUCGGAGAUGAAGUUCGUGCAGGAGCUGGUGUGGUCCAUCGAGCGGGAGAAGCUGCAGAGCGGCGAGGGCGACGGCAGCAUCCGCUAGUCUUCUCGUGCCUCUGGAUGCUGCGCUCG